AUGGGAACUAAUUACAUCCCCAUCACCCCAAAACAUCAACAACACCCCAAAACAUCACCCAAUCACCUCAAAACAUGCCACAGGACAGAGGGGACAUCACCCCAUCACCUCAAAACAUCACCCCAAACCAUCACCUCAAAACAUCACCCCAAAACAUCACCUCAAACCAUCACCUCAAAACAUCACCUCAAACCAUCACCUCAAACCAUCACCUCAAAACAUCACCCCAAAACAUCACCUCAAAACAUCACCCCAAAACAUCACCCCAAAACAUCACCUCAAACCAUCACCUCAAAACAUCACCUCAAACCAUCACCCCAAAACAUCACCUCAAACCAUCACCUCAAACCAUCACCUCAAACCAUCACCCCAAAACAUCACCCCAAAACAUCACCUCAAACCAUCACCUCAAAACAUCACCUCAAACCAUCACCUCAAACCAUCACCCCAAAACAUCACCUCAAACCAUCACCUCAAAACAUCACCCCAAAACAUCACCCCAAAACAUCACCUCAAACCAUCACCUCAAACAUCACCCCAAACCAUCACCCCAAAACAUCACCUCAAACCAUCACCUCAAAAUAUCACCUCAAACCAUCACCCCAAAACCAUCACCUCAAACCAUCACCUCAAACAUCACCCCAAAACAUCACCUCAAACCAUCACCCCAAAACAUCACCUCAAAAUAUCACCCAAUCACCUCAAACCAUCACCCCAAAACAUCACCUCAAACCAUCACCCCAAAACAUCACCUCAAACCAUCACCUCAAAACAUCACCUCAAACCAUCACCCCAAAACAUCACCUCAAAAUAUCACCCAAUCACCUCAAAACAUCACCCCAAAACAUCAACUCAAACCAUCACCCCAUCACCUCAAACAUCACCCCAAACCAUCACCCCAAAACAUCACCUCAAAACAUGCCACAGGACAGAGGGGACAUCACCCCAAAACAUGCCACAGGACAGAGGGGACAUCAUCAAGUUAAAGUUUCUGCUCUCAAACCCCCAGUCUUCUGGAACCAGUUUGCAAAGAAUUUAGAGCCUUUCCGACAUGUCUGA